AUGUCGACUGAAAGACUGAUCCGGAUAACAACGCUCAUCCCUCGCAAGAAAGGGAUGACUGAGGCCGAGUUCUAUAAGCACUGGACUCAGGUUCAUGGACCUAUGGUCAUCGACUUCAUGAUGCGCCACGGUGUGAUCGAGUACCGUCAGUAUCACACGACACCUGAGACAAAAGCACUCGGCGACGCCUUUGCCAAGGCCACUGGCCGUCCUAUGCUGAGCUUUGAUGGCAUUAGCGACGCGUACGUCAAGGAUUUUGCAACUUUUCAGGAGGCCUUCAAGGACCCCGAGUAUCUCGAAAAAAUCAGGCCCGAUGAACUCGCCUUCAUCGACGUGGAAAACAUUCAGAUGACUAUCGGAUAUGACUGGGGCGUGAUAGAAAACGGGAAGGUGGUGACCGAACAUGCUCGAUCAUACGAGUGA